GUCCUUUUCUUUUUCUUUUUUUGUGUGUGCAUAUUAUUUAGCACAGCAGCUAAGCGAUUUGCACGGAGGCAGGAAGACAGGAUUACAAACAGGGAUGCUGUUAUAACCGAUAGCUACAGAGUCCAUAGCUCUUUUCUUAGUGAGUGAAAUGAGAGGAAGGUCAAUAGAUAUCUGUUCAUACUGAGUUUCUUUCUUCAGGGCUGUGACUUCUUCCUUGUUCCUUGUGAAGAACUGUUGUACAGGUCAUGGCGGGGGAACGGAGUCGUCUUCUGCCCCAUGGAGCGUACAGUGUGUUGGGGGACAGUGUAGACUCCAGGAAGGAGUCCAUGUCUGAGGACCAAGCCUCCAAUUCCAAUCCCCGUAAACUCAACACUUUCUUUGGGGUGAUGGUGCCCACCAUCCUGUCCAUGUUCAGCAUCGUCCUCUUCCUGAGGACAGGUUUUGUCAUUGGCCAUGCUGGUCUUCUCCAAGGACUGCUCAUGUUGGUUGUGGCAUAUUUCAUCAUCUCCUUGACCAUCCUGUCAAUCUGUGCUAUCUCUACCAAUGGGGCGGUGCAAGGGGGCGGAGCUUACUAUAUGAUCAGUCGUUCUCUAGGGCCGGAGUUUGGAGGCAGCAUCGGCCUCAUGUUCUACCUGGCGAAGGUGUGCGCAUGUGGCGUGUACGUGCUCGGGCUGGUGGAGGCCAUACUGAACGUUUUUGGACAGGAUCCAGCGGUUGGUGUGCCAGAAGGACUGCGUCGCCUGCCUCAGGGUUACUGGUUCUCUGUGCUCUACUCCUCUGUGCUGCUGCUCAUCUGUCUGGUCAUUUGUCUGGUCGGCGCUCACAUCUACGCCAAAGCCUCCUUCGUCAUCCUGCUGGUGGUGACGCUGGCCGUGUUGUCCAUCCUAAUCAGUCCACUGAUUGUCGGGCCGCACAACUUCACCUUCACACACACGCUCGGCCGGAACAACACGGUCACACACAACUCCAGCUACACAGGCUUUAACAGCAGCACACUCACCAACAACUUGUGGUCGGGCUACUCGUUAGACUUCAGUACAAACAGGAUGAUGUCAUUUUCCACGGUCUUUGCGGUGAUGUUCACCAGCUGCACCGGGAUCAUGGCAGGGGCUAAUAUGUCAGGUGAGCUGAAAAACCCGAGCGAAGCCAUUCCAAAAGGCACCAUCAUGGCAGUUCUGUACACCUUCAUCGUCUAUUUACUUCUCUUCUUCCUUGUCAGCUCCACCUGUGAAAGGGUGUUGCUGAUUAAUGACUUUGCCGUAUUCCAGCAAAUAAACGUGUGGCCUCCGUUUGUAAUCAUCGGCGUUUACUGUGCCUCGCUAUCUGCAGCCAUGUGCUCGCUAAUUGGAGCUUCGCGCAUCCUACAUGCUCUUGCAAUUGACCAGCUCUUUGGCUUGCCCUUGGCCCCUGCUGCCGUCACCUCACGCUCGGGAAACCCCUGGGUCUCUGUACUCUACACCUGGGCACUGGUGCAGUGCACAGUGUUUGCAGGUCAGCUGAAUGUGAUCGCAGGUUUGGUGACUGUUUUCUAUCUGCUGUCCUACGCUGCAGUAGAUCUGGCCUGUCUGGCAUUAGAGUGGGCGUCUGCUCCCAACUUCAGGCCAACGUUUCAGUACUUCUCAUGGCACACAUGCCUGCUGGGCUUACUGGGCUGUUUGGUGAUGAUGUUUGUGAUAAAUCCUGUAUACUCGUCAGCCAGCAUUGUGGUGUUGCUGCUGUUGUUGCUGUUCCUACAUUAUCGAUCGCCCACAAGCAGCUGGGGCUACAUCAGUCAGGCGCUCAUCUUCCAUCAGGUGCGGAAGUAUUUGCUGAUGCUAGACUCGAGGAAGGACCAUGUGAAGUUCUGGAGGCCACAGGUGCUCCUCAUGGUGGCCAACCCUCGUUCUUCUUGCCAGCUCAUCUGCUUUGUGAACCAGUUAAAAAAAGGAGGCCUGUUUGUUCUGGGCCACGUGCAGAUCGGAGACCUGGACAUCAUCCCAACAGACCCUGUCCAGCAGCAGUAUAAUUUCUGGUUGAGUCUGGUGGAUAAACUGGGUGUUAAAGCAUUUGUAGACCUGACCCUGUCUCCUUCAGUCAGGCAGGGCACUCAGCACCUUCUGCGCAUCACCGGACUGGGAGGAAUGAAGCCAAACACGCUAGUUCUGGGUUUCUAUGACAACUGUUACCCAGAGGACUAUUUCCUUCAGGAUCCGAAGUUCUGUAAGGGUGCAGUGGAUGGUGCCGGUUUUAUUGGCGACGAAGGGGACAAUUUUGGUGUAGACCUCCCUUCCCUACAGGCCCACUUUCCUCCUGUGCGUCAUGCAGACAGCCCACGUUGGCUUCAGCCAGAUGAGUAUGUAGGCAUUAUCUCUGAUGCCAUCAAAAUGGGCAAGAACGUGUGCCUGGGUCGCUACUUCUACCAGCUCCCGCCUGAAAGCAAAGGAAAAGGCACGACGUCUACGAAAAGCGGAGAUUCGGCUCCUGAUGUGAUCGACGUAUGGCCAUCUAACCUGCUAAGUUGUGGCGGAAACCAAAGUUACGUUGACGUAUGCAGCCUCUUCCUGCUACAGAUGGCAUGCGUCUUAAACAUGGCUGCUGGGUGGCGCCGUGCACGUUUGCGCAUUUUUCUCUGUGUGGAGUCCGAGUCUGGAGACCAGGGCUGGCUGGCUAAAGAGGAACGCUUCAGGGAGCUGCUGGGGAAGCUGAGAAUCCGUGCCACUAUUAAGAUUGUGCCAUGGGAUGAAGCGGUGCGACUGCUGAGAGGAAGAGACGGAAGUGUACCCCCUGUCGUGACGGAGGAAUUUCUUUGCGCAGUCAACAGGCUUUUGAAAGAACACAGCACUUCCGCCGCAGUUCGCUUUCUCUAUUUGCCCCGCCCACCUUCCGAGUUCAACCAAUCACAGCAGUACCUGGCACAACUGGAUACCCUCACUCAAGGACUUGGUCCCACUCUUCUGAUUCAUGGUUUGACCCCUGUUACAUGUACCGAGCUUUGAGUGAACGAAACGAUCGAAUUGAAUGUAAAAGGAAUUCACAGUGAACCAAAAAUUAGGCCAAAUUUCCUGAGAAAAUACGUUUGGUGUUUGUCAUGUGCUUCUUCUUUUUUUUUUUUCCUAAAAAUAGUGGGGACCAUCAUAUGUACCAAGUUACCAAGGUGGGGUCUAGAGGCAGGAGUAAUUGUGUAUACCGGUGUCAUAGCUGUAUACCAAACGAGGUCCGCACCAAAACAUGACAAUCAGUUGUAACUAUUAGACGUAAGGGCAAAACCGUGCACUUGCUAAACCAUCCCUUUAAGAUACUUAGCCAUGCGUGCUUACUUAUCACCGCAGGUGCGUCUUAUUAUUUGGGGAAUCUUCUCUGUUCUGUCAGCACAUGUUUGUUCUCUUCUUCAUUUACGUCACUUAUUUAUUUAAAAGGAGAAACCGAGCCAAAAAAAAAAACGCAGUUGCUAAGUAAAGGGAACAAACACUAACAACUUUUUAUUCAAGCACCGUCCCCCAAUUUCAGAGCAAAGUGCACUGAAAACUCCUAUUAUUCCAGCUGUGCUUUACUUCUAUGGCUUAAGUGUACAGUAACUGCCUGCUUUACUUUCCCAUAGCUUUCCAGACUCGUACACUAGGUUUGUGUCGUCUGCUUUAAACUCAUUCCCAUCCUCUCAGGCAGACUGCUGGACCUGGACCCUCAGUGAUAUCAGGUCGCUGCUUCAAUUCCUUAUCCAAGACUUUGUGUGUUUAACAAUUCCACUAGAGUUCUCAGACCAAACUUUAUCUACACUAUUCAUUGUACAGCACUUCAUUGUGAUGGAAUAUAAGGCUUCUCAGGAUGCUUGUUUAAUUUAGUCAGAAAUUGUUCUCAUCUAACCAUAAAUUUCUCAGGCUUGUAUAGAAGGACGUAUGUUAGAUGUGUAUUUUAAAAAUGCAGGAGAUUUGGGGGGGGAAAACAUUUGAACCAUUCCUUUAAAAGCCUGAAGCGGGACAAAUGACGAGUCUAAUCGUAGGAAACUUGUGGUAUUUAUGUAUUUGUAUAUAGAUAUAAUUUAUAUACAGUAUAGAAUAGCCUGUUCUGGCAAUAUAGUGACACAUAAGCAUCUUCAGAUCUAUUUGAGUGACGUUGCCUUAAAUACGGUGGGGGUCGAUGUACAGUACAUCAGCAGUAGGUAAUUGUUUGUUUGCUUAAGUUUAUCUAGUGAGCUAAAAAUACAGUAUAGAUGCAAACGCUUAUGUGAAUAUAGUCCUAGAUGCACCGGUGCUGCCGCUCACCUUUAUUAGCACUGCACUUAUUGGCACCAGGUUUAGUUUGUGGUAUUGAAAUACCUCAUUUUGAGUUCCACACGUUAUGUGAAGUUCGUUCACGUCCGGGUUGGUUUGCAUCUCUGUAAACAUUCCUUUAGGAAUCUGAUUUAAAGAAGAGUCUUGUUUAUGUUUAUGUUCUGAUUAAAUACAUCAGUCAGUUGGAGGUUACUUGUCUUACACGUCACUCGUCUUGCGUGUAAUGAGAAAUGUUACGGGUUUAGCUGUUAUCUUCACCACACGGUGGGGUUAGUCUGAGUGUACAAGCCACUGCGGUUGUGUGCUUUAAUUUAAUUUGUAUUUAUAUAGAUAGAAAAAAAAGGUCCCGUAUUAACAAUAUAUAUAUAUAUUCUGUUGCAUUUAACACACGUAUGACAAUAUUGUUCUACACAUAUGCAGUAAAUAUGUACAUAAUAAACUGGUUAAAUAUUUCCAGAU